CACUCGGUGGCUGACAUCUUCUGCCAGAGCUGCAAGACCACCCUGGGCUGGAAAUAUGAACAGGCUUUUGAGAGCAGCCAGAAGUACAAGGAGGGGAAGUUCAUCAUCGAGAUGUCGCACAUGGUGAAGGAGAACGGCUGGGACUGA